AAAAUUUAGACAAACUAGAGGGACCACUAUUGUAAUUCACUCGAGUAAUAAAAGGACCCCAGGGCCCACUCCCCGGCUAUUUGCUCCCUUAUAAGUACGAGCGCAUGUUCCCAGCAGUUCCCCAUCGACUCCAAAAGCAGCACAUCUGUAUCUGUUGCCAUGGCGAUCACUACUCUCGCAGAUAUUCACCCUCAUAUCAUCCAGACCCACAUCUUACCACGACUCGACGGCCCAUCUCUCUCCACCGCCGCCACCGCAUCAUCCUAUCUGCAAGCUCUCUGUUCCGACGACCAUCUCUGGGCCCACGUCUCCAAAACCACUUUUCCCUCGAUAAACCACCCACGUCUCCAUCACGUCAUCUCCUCCUUCCCCUCCGGUUACCGGUCUUUUUUUGACGACUCGUUUCCGGUUCUAGUCACCGACGUCAACCACCAUAACCGCCCUCGCACCUGUUCUAAAACCCAACCAGAUUGUGAUCUCGACCUUCCAUCUGAACUCAUCUCAGCCAUCGACAUACGCUACCAAAACGACGUUAUUUUCUCCAGAAUCGAAAUCACCGACACCACAAAUGAUUUCCUAUCGCCGGCGUUUCGGAUCGAAUUAGACAACGAUCCCGUACCUGAAAACUUCCAAUCCAUCGACUUGAAAGUCGACGAGCUGGCAGGAGCCGACCAAGAAACAUUAUCACACCUGAAAGAAUCCGUAACAUUAAACUGGAUCCUAAUCGACCCGACCCUGAAACGGGCAGGUAACCUAUCCAGCAUCAAAGCGGUGAGUGCAAGGCAGGACUGGAUGAGUAACGAGACCCUUCUCCGAUACGUCACCGUUUUACCAGGAACCGUACCCAACGAGGUGGUACAAUGUAGAAUAGAGGUGGUAUUAGGGGUUGGUAAAGGAGGGGUGGGGUUGCACGUGAAGGAGGUGUCAUUACAAAUGCAGGAUUUGGACUAUAACCGGCUACAUGGGAGGGAUUUUUUGGUAAUUACACAAGGGGUACUUUUGGAAAAAAAUAAUGUGAAGAGGAAGGUGGUGGAUGACGAUGAGAGAAGGAAGAUGUACCAGAAGUUUAAGCAAUUGAGAAGGCAGAGAAGUGAGUGGGUAAAAAAGGAAGAAGAAAAGAUGGAGUUUGCAGUUAAUGUCAAUUAUGCCCUCACUUUAGUGUCUUUUUUGUUUUCUGUAUAUUUUCUAAGUUUAAUGUUACGAUAGGUGUAUGAUAGUAGAUUCAAUUAAGCCAAACCAAUGUCGGUUCUUGUUUUAUAUUUUGAAAUCGUGGCAUUCGAUUU